AGUUAUUCGAAAAUUAUUUUUCAACAUAUGAUUUUAUACACCACAUUAUUCUAUGCUAGGAUACAUCUAGAAGGAAAAAAAGAAAAAAAAAGAAAAGGAAAUGUGAUCAUGAAAAUUAAUGGGGAAUGCACAUGUGGAUUAAAUUUUUAGCAGCGAGCCACCAAUAACGGUGCUGACCUGGCAAUAUAAAUAAAAACGAAAGAAAAAAUAACCCCUGAUUUUAGGGGGUAGAAAAUUCCGCUAAAUACUACCCGCGCUUUAAAUAAAAAAAGAAGAUAUUUUCGACGGUCCAAUGGACCCCAUCUAAUAAUACGUCAUCGAUUUGCCACCUCACCUCCGAGUUGUAAGGCUCAAUUUUUUGUAAUCUCCGAAAACUUGAAACCAAAAUUUACUUUUCCCACCCAAAAGGCACAAACAGUUGCCUUUAUCUAUCCCCACGUGUACGUAACGUAAAUCCAGGCCGUCCAUGACAGGUGGGCUAGGUCAGUACUCCGGGCACCGUAAAGGAUAAAUCUCAACCCUAUGAUUUCAAAUUGAGGGCUCAUAAACUGCCCGAAACAGAAAGGGGGCAGAUCUUAUUGCCUUUAAGAGGAGACCGUGGCCUUCAUAAAAAUUCAUCAUUCAGGUUAAAGAGGGUCAUCGAAACCCUCGCCUUUCCCUUUGCUUCUUCUCCAUUUCUCAUUCCGGUGAAGAAAAUUUCCUAUACUUUCUCCCCCCCUUUUUUUUUUUUUAAUUUUUCCCUGGCGGCAAUUGAAUUUCCCGGCAAUACAGUUAUGGGCUCCCGCCAUUUUCUCGCCGGAGAUUAAUUGCCGGAGUUCUUAAGCUCUUUCUAAACACCCCGUAACCUUCUAUGGCAUCAGCUGUUUUAGCCGGCAGAAAUGAACCGCACUGGGAUGAACGCAAUGCUUAUAUGAGGAAAUAUACAACUAAUCCCACUGCUCAUUCUCAGCUCCACAGUCGAUUCAACCCUAACCCUAACCCUAACCCCAAUUAUAACGUUCAAAAUGUUUCAACCUUAUCUCAUCUUCGGCAAGUAAAUGAGCCACUCCCUAGGGCUACUCCGUCUCCGGCACCAAUGGCUAACAAUAAUGUGCCGUUCAAUUGGAAACCAAAUGUUGUUGAUGAUCGAAACGAUUCAUUUCACAGAGAGUAUGUGACUUUCAAUUUGUCUUCUUAUUCGAGAAGCGAGUUGAAGGACCUUAAGAAGCGGCUAAUCUCUGAUCUCGAUCGAGUCCGGGGCCUUCUAAACAGGAUCGAAGCCCAAGAUAUCGUCCCCAGGACAUCUUUUCAUGCCAAAGAAGUCAUACAGCCACCGACAGCACCACCGCUUCAACCGGCAUUACCCCCCAAUGUCAGCCGGCAUCAUCGCAAACUUGAAUUAGUCGGUGGAAAGAGCAAGAAGCUCACUGGACAAAAGAGACCAAGAACAGAUCCAAAACGGCCAGUAGUGGUGGAAGGCGAUAAGUUUUUUGUGAGUAUGAUGAGGAAGUGCCGGCAGAUAUUGAUGAAAAUAAUGAAGUCAAAGUAUGGCAAUGUGUUUAACGCACCAGUGGAUGUCAAGGGUAUGAACCUUUAUGAUUAUUAUGAUAUCAUCAAGCACCCUAUGGAUCUCGGAACUGUGAAAUUAAGACUGGACGGGAAUGAGUACAGAACGCCACAAGAUUUUGCAGCUGAUGUGAGACUUACAUUCAACAAUGCCAUGACUUAUAACCCAAAAGGCCAGUUUGUGCAUUCUAUGGCUGAGGAGUAUCUUGGUAACUUUGAAAAGAUGUUCAAACCAGCGUUCAAGAAGUAUGAAGCUGAGCACCAUAAAGUUGCCACUAUUAUGCAGGUGAAUUACCAGAAGAAUGUGUCUCAGCCUGCAGUAAUUCCGCUGCCAAAUGCCUUAUAUCCACCAUUGCCAGUUGCAAAAAAAUCAGACUCUGUGCGGUCGCGUUCCACUAUGUUGAAUCAACAACAAUCUCAUGUCCAGUCUUUGCGUGCACCUGUUGCACCUUUUUUUGCGACCCCUGCUUUAAAAUCUCCUCCACAGCCUGUCAUUGAGACGCCUAGUUCAGUUAAAAUGCCCAAGCCGAAGGCUAAGGAUCCAAACAAAAGGCUUAUGACCUUAGAUGAAAAGAAGGAGUUGGGGGAUGGAUUGCAGAAUCUUCCCCAAGAGAAGUUGGAUCAUGUCCUGCAAAUUGUAAAGAGGAAAAUCCCUAAUCUUACACAGGAAGGGAAUGAGGUUGAGCUCGACUUUGAGAUCAUUGACAAUGAAACACUGUGGGAGCUGGAUAGAUAUGUAAUUUACCAGAAGGAGGCUAUGAGCAAGAUUGAGACACCAGGAGUCACCGAAGAGGAUACUGCCCUACUUCUCAACAAGUCUCCUGAGAAGGCACCAACACCAGAACAUGCAAUGCCUAAAAUCAAGAAAGUGGAUGUUGUGGAAGAGGAUGUUGAUAUUGGUGAGGAAAUACCAGGUGAAAACUUUCCUCCUGUGCAGAUCGACAAGGAUGGCCCAUGUGUGAGUAGUGGGUCAAGCAGCUCUAGCGGCUCAAGUUCUGGCAGUGAUUCUUCGUCCGGUGGUAUAACUAUUUAUUCUGUUGUUCAUUUUGGUAAACAAGUGUGAUGGUAUAUUUACUUUUGCCAUGGUAAAUAUUUGCAGAUUCAGGAAGUUCUUCUGGGAGUGAUUCUGAUGAGGAUAGUGUUCAGUCACCUUAUGUUGAAGCAGCAAAAGAAGCUCCUACAACUUAAGCCAUUGAUGGGUUUGAGAAUCAGAUAUUGGUGUCUCAGAGUUUUAAGAUCAAUUAAAUAGUGCUAUGGUGCUUCUGUUAGUAUUUUCUCUGGCUGGUAUUUGUGCAUCUGUUUUAGCAGCGCAGAAGAUAUCACAGUUUGGCAGGGUUUUGGCUUUUAUGAAGUAUGACUAGUUCAAGAUUAGGAAAUUGAGAGGUUUUAGCUAACUACAGAGUAGUGGUAGGUAGGAUGUUACAAAUGGGGACUGACAACAAACAUUUUGGGUUUAUUUUUGCUAGUAUACAGAAGAACACCUGCUGAUUCAGUGUUUAGGAAGGAUAGAAGAAGUAACUUGUACAGUGCAGACUGAUGACUGAGUUUGUGGAACAAAGCUGUAGUCUCUAUGAACCCCAAGAAGAAAUCUCAUAUGGAUCUUCUAUUUGAA